AUGGUCCUUUUUCAUGCAUGCUGCCAUGGGUCUACACACAAGAAGCAAACAGCGUGGCUCUCGACGAAAAGCGUCUAUAAGGCUCUUGCUGCAACUUGUGACGACUCACACCCCCACGAUCCCUGGGGUGUGCGAUGGACAGAUUCAGGUUGGAGCUUUGACACCUCUCAGGAAGCCGCGUAUCUGCCCCUGCUUGCCCAACGAGCUGCUGCUUGCAUGGUGGCUCCGCUGUUGCCAUUGGUUGGGAUGUACAGCCACAUGCCACUUUGCAUGACAAAUCCUCUGCAGCUCAUGGCAAGCAGACUAAACGGCACCAGCCCUUGGUGUCUGAGUUCCACCACGUCUCCUUGGUGGUCCCACCUGCGACUCUUCCUGAAGGAGCCAAGCAACUACCUCCUCAUUUAG